AUGAACCUUCUGGUACAAGCAGCUCUCAUUGGAGCUUUUAUUCGCACCUCUUUGGGGGCUUCCCUCGGAGUCAUCAACCAGGAUCACCAAUGCCUGAUGUGGUCCAACGAUAACCAUGGAUGUACAGGUUACUCUGAACCAUUUGCAGAGAUCAAUGGAACCGAUUGUUCAGAGCUGAGCGAGAUCGUGGACGGCAAGCGCAAAGAUUUCACCACCCUCAGUGUAGGAGCAUGUGGGACUGAAGAUGGCAAGGAUGUCGCCUGGAUAAAGGUCACAGAUGCUGGUGAAGUCACCUUCUUCAAUCAGAACGGCGAUAAGUCAGCAUGCACCUUGAACGAUGGACUACGGCCCAUUGUCCAUGUCGGUGAUCUCUUCCCCGAGCACCUUCUCUUCUUCGAGCACAGUCUCUUCUUCGAGCACGGUCUCUUCUUCGAGCACGGUCUCUUCUUCGAGCACGGUCUCUUCGUCGAGCACGGUCUCUUCUUCGAGCACGGUCUCUUCUUCGAGCACGGUCUCUUCUUCGAGCACGGUCUCUCCAUCGGCUACCGUAUUAGAUAG